UUGUACAGCCGACUUUGCUAGCGAUGGUUCACUGACAAAUUACGCUCUCAUUUGCCGAGACGAUAGUCAGCAUAGCCUUCAGCUACGUUAUUUGCUACGACCUAGCAAGGCGCCAUGAUCAGUUUCUAUUGAUAUUGUAAAUUAGGUACCGUCACGAGCGAUGUCCAUCAUUAAUGCAUUAAAGUUAAGUAUUCCACCAACUACGUCCGUUUUUCUCAAUUCUAAUUCCCUUGUCAUUUUCCAGACUUCACGCCAGCCUGCGUGAGCUACAACGCGUGCAUUUCGGCCUCCUUUAAUAACCUUGUGUUGGCUCUCGUGCCAACCACAACAUUGGCGACGAGAGUAAAAGUGUUCUUAUUUAAAUUGCCCUGAUUUACUUGUGUAAUGGCUUCGCCACAAUCUCCAGAUGUACUGUCCGAAUUUUAUCGCUUACAGAAUCAGCAAAUGCAGGCCUUACUGGAUGCCCUUGGACAGCUCCUCCAGGGUCAACGUGCGAUGAAAAACGAUGCGACAGCAGCCGCUUCACCGCUAACGCAGCCGCAACACGCUGUUGCACCCACUUUUCGACCUUUUGAUGCUGCACUGGAAAGCUGGACGGAGUGGUCCCACCAAUUUGGAUUCCAUUUCGCCGCCUACAGAAUUCAAGCGACGGUGCCGUCCGGUCAGCGCCCUGGGGAUCCAUCUACUGUCUCGCCUCAGCCCCAGGUGUUACCGACGCUGCCUUCCAUUUUGCCCCAUGGCGACGCGCCGCCACCGCCGCCUAUUCUCCCACCGGCGACGCCUGCAGUGGACGCUUCGCUGCAACCGCCGGGCGCCUCCCUGGGUCACGCGCCACCGAUCGCUUCCCGUGACCAGUUGUCCUCCGACAUGGAAUUCUUGCCCGCUCCGGACUGUACGUCGUCUUCGCCCGUCGGGUGCCCCGGCCCGAUGGAGGUCGACCCUUCGGCCCCUCCUGUCUCUCUGCGGGCGCAUACACCGCAUGUUGGCGUGCACUCUGGAGCAGGUUUUCAGGCGUUUCCUAGCUCCCCGCGGUCCGAAUGGCAGGGUGCGGGUGGCACAGCCUCGCCUGUUGUUAGGCUCUCCACCUCGUCGCAUACGUCAACAUGCGUUCCUCUCCAUGGCGGGCGGAAGCCUUAUGCCACAACCGUACGCCGAUUUGCGGAGUAGGAAUGUGGUGUCACCGCCAGACACCACACUUGCGAGGUGGUAGCCUUUAAAUCGGCCGCGGUCCGGUAGUAUACGUCGGACCGGCGUGUCGCCACAAUCAGUGAUUGCAGACCGAGCGCCGCCACACGGAAGGUCUAGAGAGACUUCCUAGCACUCGCCCCAGUUGUACAGCCGAAUUUGCUAGCGAUGGUUCACUGACUAAAUACGCUCUCAUUUGCCGAGACGAUAAUUAGCAUAGCCUUCAGCUACGUUAUUUGCUACGACCUAGCAAGGCGCCAUUAUCAGUUACUAUUGAUAUUGUGAACUAUGUACCGUCAAAACCGACGUUCAUCAUUAAUGGAUUAAAGUUAAGUAUUCCACCAGCUA